AUAAUAUAAUGUAUUUUUAGUGGUAACUACCUGGUGCGUGUCCGAGCGCAGGUGAUGAUACGCGAUGACAGCACGGGUGGAUGGGUUCCAAUGGGUGGAGGGGGCCUAUCCAACGUGUCUGUCCGAAAGCGUGUCAUCACCUCAGAACAUUCAGAAGAAACCAAACAUGAGUACCUUAUUUAUGGAAAGCGAAUCUCAGACCAAGCGAUUAUACUUAGCUGUGUUAUAAAAAAAGAUUUUGAAUAUAAUAAAGUUAUGCCUACUUUUCAUCACUGGAAAACAGGAGAUAAAAAAUUUGGUUUGACCUUUCAAACAGCUGCUGAUGCAAGGGCUUUUGAUAAGGGUGUAAGGACAGCUGUGGAAGAAUUACUGGAUGGUUUGGCUGCUCAAUAUCAAAAAUUAUUUCAACAAAAACAUAUUGAAGAUGUAGGAGACGAUGAUGUAUUUAUGACAUUAAACUUGCCAGUAGAAAGAGGCGAUUCACGUUCUUCAUCUGAUUCAUCUACUGGUAAAACACCCCCUAUUAGAAAAACACCUCCUCCUCAACCUUUACCUUUAGGUAAAGCUCCUGCACAGUUGCCUACUGGAAAAUCUACACCACCUUUUGUUAAACCUAAAGCACUACCUACACCACCAUCACAAACAAAACCUCUUCCACAGCCACCCGGGAGUGAAGAGCCACCUGUAGGAGGAUACUCUUAUAUACAACUAACCACUGUUCAUGAAUAUUUAUAUCCAUUGAUGGAAGAAGGUAAAGGAAAUAUAGGGCAGAGGAGGGAUUCUGGAGGAAGUUUAAAGAAAAGAAGUCCUAGUGCUCAAGGCCUAGCAACAAGCAAAAGUGGUGCUUCAGGUGGUAGGAGAAAAGAAACUUGUAGGCAUUGCCAAGAACCCUUUUGCGCUGAUAAUAAUGUGAGAGGGAGUUGUGAAUACGCCCCGGACUGUGUUAAAUCUAGUAUAAAUACUGUAGCAUGUAUUUCUUGUGCUCAAUGCAUGCUUUACCAUUGUAUGUCUGAUCCCGAGGGUGACUUCGGUCAACACCCUUGUGAGUGUGGUCCUGUAGAUGAAAGUUGUAGUAAGAGGUGGAUAGGUUUAGCACUCCUUUCCCUAAUUGUACCCUGCCUUUGGUGCUAUCCACCCCUAAGGGCUUGUCACUGGUGCUGUGUUUCCUGUGGCCUCUGUGGAGGUAAACAUACACCCGCUAAUUAA